ACCGGACGUCCUCCGCCCCAUGAUUCCUCGGCCUCAGCUUUUCAGACACCUCAGGUGUUUUAGCUCUACAGCGCGGAAUCAUGGCCACACAUCCAACAUCGGGAAGCAGCCCAUCAAGAUCCCCCCUUCGGUGACCGUUGACCCGACUCCCACUCACAUUGCAGUCAAGGGUCCGCUCGGUUCCACUUCCGUCCCACUCGAGCCUUACAUGAAGAUUGCUUUCCCUGAGCCUGGCUCGCUAUCGAUCGCCGUGGAGAAUGCGGAGGAGAAGAAGCAGCGGUCAAUGUGGGGUCUCACCCGGACACUGAUCAAUAAUGCUGUCGUAGGAAUGACUGAGGGUUUUACCGUUCCAUUAUAUCUGGUCGGUGUUGGGUACAGGGCAGCUCUAGAGGACGACCCGAGAGCGACUCAGGAGGGUGGAAGCGGCCAGCGGCUGAACAUGAAGCUCGGCUUCUCGCAUUCCGUACUCAUGCCAAUACCAUCGCACAUCAAGGCUGAAGUACCCGCUCCUACAAAAAUAGUCCUCACCUGUACAGACAAACAUCAACUCGGUCUGUUCGCGGCAGCAGUGAGGAAAUGGAGACCGCCAGAACCGUACAAAGGAAAGGGUAUCUUCAUUGGCAAUGAGCAAAUUAGGAUCAAGGCCGUGAAGAAAAAGUAGUGAAGAGCACGUCGAGAUAUACGCUUCGUGUUUAUUGUCAGGCUGGUCAACACGCGCUGGCCACGGCAUUAGUUUGUGCCCAACUAUCCCUGCUGCCUCGGCUUAGCCCAUGUUGUGACGAAGCUCGUACGAUGGAGUCAGCACAUUAUAUCGUAAUAAAUUAUAGAGUGGGAUCCCGUCGUGGACGCCUCGGGACUUCGCUGGCGCAAGACCGCG